AUUAGAACCUGAACAACUCCAUUAUUCUACCAAUGGGUUGGCUUUCAGGUCUAUCAACCGGCCUUUCCAUUGUCCUCAUUUCCCCCCUGGUAUAUGUAGCAUCCGUCGGAUAUUUUCUCCUGGUGCUUCUGGCAGCACCGGUGAUAAAAAUUUGCUCCGUUGUUCUUCACUUGGUCCUGAUACCCUUGCGAAUACUGAGUAAAUUUGAGGCACUAUUUAUCUACCUCGGAGUGGCUUUGCUGACAGGCGUUGGUUUGGGGGUUUUCCUCUAUUUGGCCACCACUUUCACUGUCCAUCUAUUAAAUCGUGCCCUGGGCGCAUCAUCAAGGACUCGACCGGGACUCGAAUUGAGAUCCAAGGACGGUCUACGUCGUCCGCUCAAGGAUGCUAAGACUGUAUACCAAGGUGACUCUACUUUAUCCAACGAUGAUUCCUGGAUGGGCUGGGGCUGGCAAAAAGAGGCGAGUCUUUUGAACAAUGGAGGACUUUUGUCAGGAACGAUUCUAGAAGAAGAAGAAGAGUCCAGCCAGGACUCUAAUUUCGAGAGCAAAUCCUAAGGAAGUCUUUUAAUAUAAUAAUAAAAUUGGAUGUGUGCUUCUCGAGGUUGACUAGGAGUUCUAGAUCAUGGAGCUAUCUAGGUGCUUAAAUUGACUUUAAUGUAUCAUGAAACAUGGCGUUGGUGCUUCCUACAGCAAUCUAAUUGUUUACUAGGGAAUGAUCUUAACAACAUUCAUUUCU